AUGAAGGCUACAAAGAACUUAUCAGAAGAAUUUAAUUAUAAAGUUUUUAGAAUAAGAUCUUUAAUGAAAAUAUUUAUAUAUGGAGUAUUCUUUGCAGCAUUGAUCAAAAUAGUUUCGUUUAUAAUAUAUUUAUUACUAUUUGCUAUAAUAAGCGAUGAUAACGUAGGCAGCGAUAUGAAAAUUGUUGGUAUAUUGGAAUUAAUAUUUCUUGUAUUAGAAUGUGUAUUUGGCGCGAUUGUAUCGUUGGCAUUUGGUAUAUUUGGAUUCUGCAUGUCAAGUGCUAUAAAUUAUAAUGGUAAUUCUUCAUUACAACGUCGUAUUAGGAAUAGUAGAAAAAGAAUGAAUUUUCAAGCUUAUUUAUUUAAAGAAAAAAUAAAG